ACGUGGGAGUGGGCUGGUGAGGGGGGGAGCGGCCUGCCCGUCCCCUGGAGCUACGCAGGCGCAGAGCGGCGCAGGGCCGCGGCGGCCGCUCCCUGGCUGGCAGUGCUCGCUAAGAUGGCGGAUUUCCUGCCAUCGCGGUCCCCGCUGUCGGGCUGCUUCCCGGGCUGCCUGCUCAACAGCAGCGAGGCGGAGCAGCAGCGAAAGUCCAAAGAGAUCGACAAGUGCCUGUACCGCGAGAAGACCUACGUCAAGCGGCUCGUCAAGAUCCUGCUGCUGGGCGCGGGCGAGAGCGGCAAGAGCACCUUCCUGAAGCAGAUGCGCAUCAUCCACGGGCAGGACUGGGACCGGGCCGCUCGAGAGGAGUUCCGCGCCACCAUCUACAGCAACGUCAUCAAGGGUGAGGGUGGAAGGGGGGGUCCUCUCGCGCGCGCGCCCCCCUCCGUCCCCCUCCCCAAACUUUGGGGCCACCGGAAAGAGGGAGGGGGAGCAGAAGAGGCGCGCGCCCCCCGAUAUCCGUUGAGGUGGGGGAGGGGGAAGCCCGCAAAACAACAAAAAAGCGGUGGGUGGGUGGGGGAGAGAGAAAAAAGAACCGCAGCUUUUGCAGGGAGAAACGCUUCAGCUACUGCUGCUGAAAGACGGAAGCCCUGAGAGAGAAGAAAAAAAGAGAGGGUGGGAAAGGUCUGUGGAGGCGAAGUCGCUGGAGCCUUGAGGGUGUACGUGGGGAAAAGAAAACACGGGUGUGAGGGCUGCGGCUUGAGAGGGUGUGUUGAGGGAGACGGGCCAGAACGAACGUCUCACUUCUUGCCCCGUUUCUUUUUGUUUUUUUUUUUUGCCCUUGGGAUCCACAGCCCUCGCCGCAGCUUUCCUGUUUUCACUUUUUCAGUACACGUGUCAUCGGUUUUGGAGGGUGCUUGAGUAUGGAAAGGCCCCCCCGCGCGUGAGUCGCCCGACUCGGCUGUGCUGUGACGAGUUGGGGAUUUUCGAACGGGGCCUUUAUAAGGAACCUGACAGCUGCCUUGUGCCGUGUGAGAACGGAGGGCUUUCUACGGCACUGAGAACCUGGGACGCUUUGCAGGCGAAGCAUGUUCUCUACCACUGAGCUAGUGGUGGUGGACAUGUCGUGGGUACGAUAUAACUCGGAGAAACGUGAUCAGAGCAUGAUGAAGAAGGGACGGGAGGGAGGGAGUAAGGCGAAGUUGGGGGCGCAGAGAGUCUGGGUGGCAACGCUGGCUUGCGCUCUUUUAUUUUGAAUCCUGAAUUGGAAGCAUGCUGUUUAGUCAGUUGUUGUUUAGUCGUGUCCGACUCUUCAUGAUCCCAUGGACCAGAGCACGCCAGGCACUCCUGCCUUCCACUGCCUCCCACAGUUUGGUCAAACUCAUGCUGGUAGCUUCAAGAACACUGUCCAACUAUCCAUCUCUCUGUCGUCCCCUUCUCCUUGUGCCCUCCAUCUUUCCCAACGUCAGGGUCUUUUCCAGGGAGUCUUCUCUUCUCAUGAGGUGGCCAAAGUAUUGGAGUCUCAGCUUCAGGAUCUGUCCUUCCAGUGAGCACUCAGGGCUUAUUUCCUUAAGAAUGGAGAGGUUUGAUCUUCUUGCAGUCCAUGGGACUCUCAAGAGUCUCCUCCAGCACCAUAAUUCAAAAGCAUCAAUUCUUUGGCGAUUAGCAUUCUUUAUGGUCCAGCUCUCACUUCCAUACAUCACUACUGGGAAAACCAUAGCUUUAACUAUACGGACCUUCGUUGGCAAGGUGAUGUCUCUGCUUUUUAGGAUGCUGUCUAGGUUUGUCAUUGCUCAGUACGUUGGCUUAAAGAUGUGAGUGCUCGUUUAUGUUGGAGUAGUUGGGGUCCUGGCAUGUACUGUAUAUGGAAUUAAUAGUGUGGUGGUCAGGAUGGCCUUGUGCCAGAUUCUGUCGUGCACUCGUUGGCCAUCAGUUGGCGGGUUGGAACCCACUUCACAACCUGAUCCAAAGUGGGGUGUAGCAGAAGUACUACUGCCAUGCAUAUAGGUGAUGAAAGAUUAAGAAUGGGUCCCCAGAUGCAUGUUAGGGUUAAAAGUGAGUCCUGAGUCUGAAAAGGUUGAAGAUACCUGUUGUAGUGUGCCAGUAGUUGUAGCAAAUAUAUAUUAUGUUAUGGGUAUAUUGUGAUAUGAAGCUGUGACUCUGGGUAUGUAGAGAGACGAAACUAGGCAUAGCACUAUAGGCAAAGGAAUUGCAAUUGCAAGGUUAAUGAGGGGCUUCAGAGAAAAGUUUCCAGAAGUCAGUUACCUGAGUGUACAGAAGAAUUGUGGACCUAAAAACGUAAGGCUUGCAUAUGGUGAAAAUGGGUUAUAAGUGUGAGUAGUCAUGUGUGUGUUUAUAGUCACUCAAGAUUAGACAGCCAAAUGUUUCAAUGUCUGCUGCAGGAGGUGAAUGGUCCAUAACGGAACAAUGUGGAAUGGCGUACAAAUCCUGCCUGGGGAGUUUAUUUUAAAAAAAUAUUCUUGAGAUUUAUCAAACAGGAGUUCAUAGAAGCUUGUUAUCAUGCCUUGCUUAUGACACCUGACAGUUCAGUUGUGUCUGUAGUUUUUUGCAUGUGUAAUUUGUUGCAUGUGAAAUUGGGGACGUGAAGGGUAAGCGAGGAGAGUUCUUGGUGGUUACACAGUGAGGAGAGAAGGGUAGGCAUGGGGAGAGGGUUUUUUUUAUCUUUCACAAAGUGAUGAACAGUUAUGAAAAUAUGUCCAAAACUUGUCCAAGAAUGGAUAUAUCUGUACCGUUGCUUAGUGUCAUUCUAAUGCUGUCUUGUGACAUGGAAGUGAGUAGUAUAGGAACAAAUUAUUUUUGCAUGUCAGUUGGCUUGUGUGCUUCCUCUCCCUGCCCCCUCCUGGCUUACAAAAUAUUUGGGUUUGGCUCAAGCUACAACUGGUGACAAUAUUUUACAGUCUAUGAUUCCAGCUUUAACCUGUCCAGUCUCGUUUUCAACUUCCUAACAGUUUCUCUUUUUAUGCACAAUGAGAGGAGUUGAUGUGUACAAAUCUCAACUGAGUAAAAAAUCACAGAAUUAGAGAUGUAAGUUUUCUGGGAAUUUUGAAGUCAUUGAGGGGAGGAAGGUUUUUCCCCAGUGUUUCCCCUGAAAGCUCUUUUCCGGAAAUUAUUUAUUUUUAAAUACAAUACUUGUACAUUACAUACUCUUUACAUAUUAAAAGGCAUGUUGUUACUUUAGGAACAUUAGAUGCAUUAUGUAUAACUUGAUUUACCACAGAAUUAUCAUGUCUAGUAUAUUUAAAAUAACGUUUGUUCAGGCAAAUGGAAUUUAAAGUUUUCGUUAAAAAAUUGAGCUUCAAGCUGCAAACUAAGGAACCUAGCAUUUAUUUGGUUUUGCCAGUAAAUGAGCACUCAAAAACAAUAACUAGAAACCGUCAACAUUAUAGUAAAACAAAUGAUUAUUCAGAAAAUUAUGAUGUCGUCUUCUUCAGUCCUCCACAGUAUAAAACAGACAUAAAAAGAGCCAAGAUAAAGAUGGGAGGAGGAACAAAACUCAGUGAACACUACAGUACAUGAAAUUUGAACAGUCUCUUUUUCUGUGGUAUCACUUUCUGUUUCUUCAUAUUAUCAUGAACCUCUAAAAGCUGAAGGUUUCCCCAGAUUGAAAUAAACUUCUGUCUUUUCACAUAAUCAGUUUAUUUCUUGAUUUGGUGUUUCAAACAUAGACCAGUUUCUUUCACAUGUUGGAGCAGAUGGAGGAAUCUGAAGUAUAUAAGAAGCAAGAGGAGUCAGAGACUUUGUUGUGCAGAGACCUUGCCAUCAUUCUGCAGGCGGGAUAUGUUUGGCACAACCCCACACUGUAUUCCUUGACCAAAUGUGUGAAGAUGUUCUGAAGCCUGCAGCAUUUGAAAGCACCUUUCCAACAACAAACCUUAAGUGUGCUGUUUGUUUUGUAAUUUGAUCAUAUUCAUAAGUAGUACAAUCAUCAUUUAUGACAUUGAAUCUUGGAUCCAACAGCAAUGUGAAUUAGAUGACAACAAAUAAUGUUGCUAUGUACUAGCUUCCACUCCCAGUCCUUUGAGGCCUACAUGAGAGGACAGAAACAGGAUCAACAAAUAUGCCAGUAAGAGGAAGACCACAAGCAAAGAUGGCAUUGAAUGCUUCUUCCUUCUCAUGUGACGGUGACAAUGCCCUCCAAGGGGCCAAAAUGCAUCUUGCUCUUGCAUGUGAGCGUUGUACUCUCAGUUGACAGCUCAGGACUUGUUCUCACUGUGCAGGAAUUGUAAUGAUUUGAUACUGUACAUACAUAGUCUCACAUAAAAACCUUCCUGUUACAUAGUUUUAGAAAUCAUUUGGCAGGGGGUGGGGAAAAUAUAUGAACACUUUGGCCUAAAUACUUUCUUUGUCAUUCUAAAUGAAAAUAUUUCAUAAUCCUUUUUCUUUUCUUUUUUUGCGGGGGAGAAACACAUAUUUUUCAGGGGACCAUCUCUCCCCGCUUCAAUUUUUCCAUUUUCCCCACGGGCCCUCACAUCUCCAUACAAAACAUAUGUUUGCAAAAAUAAGGCGUUAAAGCUGAAAGUGCUUCCCAUCUCAAGUAUCUACCAAAAAAGUGUAUACAUUUCAAAUAUUUGAAGAUAGCUCUCUGGAAAGAUGUGUACAGGAGGUUGUACCAUGACAGCUUACAAGCUUCACGUAUGCAGGAGCUGCUUAUAUCCUUGAUCUGUAUGUAGGGGAAAGUUGUUCUCUGAUUCUCCAGUUUUUGAAGUGUCUAGAAUCUGUUCAAAAAUCAUAAGAUGGGGCUCUUGGCUUCUGAGCCUUGUCUAUGGUGGUGCUUAAUUUAUACACGAGCACAAGAAUGGGGAGUUAUCUGUAGUGUAAGCAUAAUCUUGUCAUGCUGAGACUUUCUGUGCCAAGAAAAUAUGCCUUCUGGGCUGUCAUGCUCUCUUAAAUUCCUACACAGGUUAAUAUAUGUCUUCUUCACAUGUGUCAUCAGGAUGUGCCUGUCUCUCCUACCUGAUCUAAAUGUUAGCUGCCUCAGGCUUUUUCCACCCAGUUGUUACACUAGAUCACCUAAGAUUGAAGGAAUUUUACAUGGCUGGGCUUCUUGGGAAUCAAACAGUAGUGGCACUUUGAGAAAAUUAUGCAGAUAUAUUACACAGCUAUAGAUUGCCAUUCCAUUAAUUGAAGGCUCUUCUCUUAGUGGAGACUUUCUUGAGUGAAAAGGGGAAGGAGGGGGUUUUUUUGGCUCCCUUUUCCCUAGAGCCCCCAUUCUGCAGCACCUCCCACGCUGUUCCAAAGGGGUAGGGGGAGGUGUUUGAGGGCUCCAGAAGGAAAGGGAAACUGAUGAAAAUUGCCUUUCCCUGUUUCAUGGAAGCCUCUGAUGGAUGAAAGAGCCUUCUGUUGAGCCAAAGGAUACAGUUGGAUACAAGCCUAUGUUUACAAAAGAGAGAUUAUAUUGUUCUAUCGUCAUGACUAUCUGCAGUAAAAGGGUCCCUCUUUUUUUCUUUAUAGGCAUCAACAAUCCCAAAUGAAAAGAUCUCAACUAAUAGCCACAAUUCGAACUGUUUUGGCAUUUAAAACUAAAAUUCUCCCAUUCUUCUUACUUUGAAAGUAAGAGAGUCUGAAAGAGAGACUGAAUAUAUUUCACCAACUAUUUUCCAGGAUCAUGAUAACUGAUACUAGAUAAUCAAUAUCUUACUGAAAAUACUUAAUAGUGUUUUUGAAACUACAAAUAUAUUUUUAACUUUGACACCAAAGUAGGUUGUUCUGGUCUUAUACAUGUAUUUCCACUUUUCAUCAAAUAACAGUACUUAGUAUUCAUAUAGCACAGUAGAGUGUUAAAAAUGCCUUGCUUCAGAUAUUAUGUUUGCAGCACACCUGUAAUAUAUGUUAGUGUAAAGUGUCUUGAGGCUGAAAAAGAGUGCCUACCUACAGUUACGUAGGAACUUCAUAGCAGGUAAAUUUUAAACCCACAAGUUGUUCAUGACUGAAUCCCUUAGCCCCUCCAUUACACCAGUAUUUUCAUUUUAUCAGUAAAAUGUAACAGCUUGUACACAUUCUAUUUUUUACCUUAUAUUUUAAGGAUAGUAUUUUCUUCACAUUUUCAAGAUGAGCUGGACUGCACUGAAGUCUGUAGGACUUAUUUCCCGAUAGGGCUGGGUGAUAAAUUGUCCCAAACAGUUCGAAGUCCAUAUUGUGAUACCGGUUUCAUAAUUUUUGACCUGGCAAUAUAUUGCAAAUCAUGGUGUGUGUGUGCGCGCUUUGCAAAAAUCACAAUGUGGGCAAAACUGUGAAGCUAGCCAGUGCCUCUGCAUAGCUCCAUCCUUAUUUCUGACAUGAUAUAUUGGUAUAUCAUGAUGUUUAGCUGGCGAUAUAUCACAAGAUUGAAAACCAGGUCUCACUCAACCCUAUUUCACGAUGUGCUAGAAUUAAAGUGUUAGGCCAGUUUUGCAAUUGCAUCCCAAGUUAUUACCAUGUCUAUAGUUCAUUAUUUGAAAAGAAAAUUUGAAGACAUGCUUUGUCAAAGCUGAUAACCUCCCUAUUUCUGAUUACCACUUUGGACUCUGUUAAGUGUCCUAUUCCAGCAGCUGUCUUAGGCAUAUAUGAAACAGCUAUUCUCCAGACCCAAAAUUGCACAGGAUCUGGUUAUGCAGAAAACAGUCGGGGCUACUACAGACAUUUUUCUAUCCAUUACAGUACUUGUCAUUAGAUCGGGUCUCUCUAUGUGUGUCACUCAUUGCUUUUUGAGAGAAGCUGUUUAUUGGGCCUAAAAUAAAUACCACUAGGAAAAUAACAAAGUGCUUUCAAUUUUGUUGAAGGUGUAAGAGUCCUUGUGGAUGCUCGAGAGAAACUUCAUAUUCCUUGGGGAAAUCCUUCUAACCAAAGAAAUGGUGACAUGCUGAUGGCCUUUGAUACCCGCUCAGGAGUGGUGGCGCACGGAAUGGUGGAGACCCAAGUUUUUUUGCAGUUCCUUCCAGCAAUAAGAAGCUUGUGGGCAGAUAGUGGUAUCCAGCAUGCCUACGACAGACGCAGAGAAUUUCAACUGGUAAGAAGCACAUCUGAUACUUGUUGUUCCUGUUGAGAUCGCAUAUUGUGAAAUGUUUUCAGGUGAAUUAAUGGUUCCUUACUGAGCCGUUGUAAAAGUUAUCAUUAGCCAUGAUCAAAAUACUCCAAAGAUGUAUAGCCUAGUCUGCUAUGAUUUUCAUAUUACAAAUUGAUUAUUAAGAAUCAUUACACAGAACCUAAUAUCCACAAGGCCCACCAUAAUUGUAGCAGAGCCUGAAAUUUGAACCUGGCCAUGAGAGUAUAUAAGAAUGAUUUCCUGCUCUUAAUCUACUUCAGAUAAACUAAAGAUACAAAAAGAAAAAAAAUGGUAUUACAAGCUACUUGUGCACCACAUAUGUCUGGUUAAAAUCAGGUGUAGGUUCUGAAAGAAGUUUAGGGAUGAUGAUAAACACAGUCAGGGGUAAUGAUGUGGGAAUAUUUGGUUUCUAGAGGAGCAAGGCACAAAUAACUACAGCAUGGUGUUAUUUUACAUGGGAAAUAGGAAACUGCCUUAGUGCCAGAACAUUGGUCUCUAUAGCUAAGUGUUAUCUACACUAACUGGCAGCAGCUGUUCGGGAUUUCAGACAGGAGUCUUUUCCUUACGUACCUGGAGAUGCAAGGUAUCAAACAUUCAGCAUACAGAACAGUUGCUCUACCACUCAGCUAUGGCUCCUCUUAUUCUCAAUCACUUAACUCUUGGUAAUGUUACCUUUGCUCAAAAGAGUCCUAGGAUGCUAAACACGAGCAUAUGAACUGCCAGUGUUAGAAAUUAACCGGGUACCAGGCACAUUUUGCUAUUGGCGCGGGUCCAAUUACGACCACAUGGAGAUUUCUGGAUGCCAGGUUGGCACCUGACAUCUCCAUCUGGCUUGCAUCUCCAGCUUUCUUAAGGAGGUACACAGAAGAGCUUAUUUAUUGCAUUUAUAUCCCACCUUCUCUGAGUACAUGGUUCACUCCCUCUCCUCAGUUAAUCCCUACAAAGACCCUAUAGAGCAGCAGUUCUCAACCUGUGGGUCCCCAGAUGUUGUUGGACUACAACUCCCAUCCCUGAGCUCUGGCCUUGCUAGCUAGGGAUGAUGGGAGUUGUAGUCCAACAACAUCUGGGGACCCACAGGUUGAGGGUCUAUAGGCUGCUAUAGAGGCUGUGCCUGGCCCAAGGUCACCCAGUGAGCUUCAUGACUGAGUGGGGAUUUGAACCCUGGUCUCCCGGAUCCUAGUCAGACACAACUACAGCAUACUGGCUUCUAGAGUAUUUCUGAUACGGGGCAACUAUAUAAAUCAAGUACUGUAGAUACAUAAAUAUGGCGGAAAGCAAGAUGUUACUUAGGGAAGGCUUCCAUAUGUCUACAUUUCGUUGCACUUCCCAGUUGUCUUCCCAGUUCUCAAAACCACAGUUUAUCCUUCUCACCUCAUGCACUAAUAUUCAUGAGGUGAACCAUUGUUUGCAUUAAAUUGCAUUAAAUUAUGUAAACCAUUGUUUGCAUUAAAUUGUCUGUCUAUGUGCUUUUGAAAAUCAAGAUCAAACUGGUUUACAAUUCUGGUACGUCUUGUUGGUUUGGAUGUUGGGCCAAUUUUGUUUUUCUACAGAUCAAGGAAAUGAGGCAUUGUAGCACAUGAGAGAGAGUGAAUAUGCAAGCCUAAGGGUCAUUCCAGGCUUGUUCAUUUACUUUGAAACUAUGUCUAAAUCAAACUAUAAUUUGCUGGUUCAGACAUAACGGGAAACUAUGGUUUGUAGAAACCAUAAGUAAGAUCAUCUUACUGUGCAAGAGAAAUGGGGGAAGGUGGAAGUGUGUGAGCCCAAGACUUGCUCAUGUAGAGACACCCUAUGGUUUGUCAUUUUAUGUGAAACCAUGCUCUUGUUGCCCAUACUUCUCAAUCUCCAUAUUAUGAAAUGAAGAACUGUGACAAAAAUUUACCACUGCUUCCAGAAUAGCAUAUAUGCAGUAACAGCUUGGAUUCCAAGAAGCACGUGUAGAAUCCUCCUUACACAAUGGGGCUUUCCUGCCCCGUCUUCCACAUUACAGCCCUUGAAAAGCUGCUCCUAAGGGUCAAAGGACCCUCCAGAAUGGAAUGGGAUGGAAUGUGUUGUGGGGAGCUGCAGAAUCAAUAAAGAGGGACGGGGAUGACUUUCUGCUAAUUUAAGUGCCUUUUUGGUUGGCAAUAUUGGGUCCAAGCCAAUGACAACAACAAGAGAAAUAAGACAUAAAACUCUUAGCAUUUAUAUUUUAAGAAAAAUAAAUGGGCACGUAUAUGCAGAGUUUCUUUAGAACGUUUUCAUUCAGGUUGUCAGUCCUUUGGCAAAUGUGGAAACAAAGAGAGGAAUUCAACAUUGUGCUAAUACAGAUGUUAUUUUAGCUCAAGCAUUUCUGCUUGCCCAGACUUCCCCUCUCCCCCUGCACACCCUUCUGGGGUUUCUCCCACCCCACCCAAGCCAAUAUGGGGGAGGCCUGACAUGCCAGCGUGAGCCAUUGCACUUCCUACCACUAGUGGAACUAGUUAACUGAAUCCAGCCUCUGGUUACAAACUUUUGUAUUUAUCCAGUUCUCGUGACAUAAUUUAGGAGAAAGGAAGGUGUUCCUUAGAAUGCCUUAAAUCAUUAAAGCAAACUACUUCAAAUCUCAGAAACCUCAUUUAAUUUGUGUGAUGCUUUGUUGCAAGUGACAACUUUUUUGUUUGUGUUUUUAACUAAUUUGAUUUAUGUACUGUUUUAAGUAAUAAUUGCAUCUUGGCUUUGAGGUAUAUGGGAGAGAAGGGAAGGAAACAUUAGUCAGUUUCACUUUCGAUGCAUACUCCAAGGUCUCCUGGCUUGAUGAAUGUUUGAACAGCACACAGCUGUCAUUUCCUUCUCUCUCCCCUUCCCCCUCUCCCUCUCCCUCCCACUUCCCCAAAUAGAAAUGUGAACAUUAACACUUUAGAAUUUGGCAAUAGCCUGUUCUUUACAAAGUUCACAUAGUCUAGUUGCAUAUAAAACUGCUUUGCUUUUAUUGCCUGAGUAUCACGGUGAGGUGCCUGGUAUACUGUAGAAUAUACCUCCACAAAAGUAGAUUAUACAAAGUAACUCUUAACUGGCAUUUAAGCUUGCAAAAUUGCUAGCUACUCUUCACCUUUUAAAUUCAAAUUUGACAACUUUUCUGUUGCUUUGCCCAUGGAGUUGUACAGUGAGAACUUUGUUACUGCAAUACUUUCCACUGUCUGCUUUGCUUAGUUGUGGCUUCUUGCUAAUGCAGAAGAUCUGGACAUGUGAAAAUAUGUGAAGUCAGCUGUACUUCUAACACCAAGUUUUAAUACAACUCUUGUGUUUGUUUUUUUGGAACAUAAAAGUUAACUAACUGCAGUUCUGGUCUGAACAUGGGAGUUCAGUUCAAUCCUUAUUCCAUCAAAGUCACGAAUGGCUCCCAGUAAAUAUUGCAGAAGUGUAAGAAAGUGUAAUAAAAGGCAUGUUAAGAGUAAAGCCAGCUGAGAAAACCCCCCUCCAAAAUCCAAAAAGGUAGGCAAUACCUUUAUUAGGGCCAACCAAAAUGUUACAAAAUAUUGGCAAGCUGUCAACUUCUCCAGAACUCUUCACCAGGCAAGAUGUUAAAGCAGAAGGGUGUGGGGGAGGAUGAGGAAGAAUAAAGAGCAAAAAAGUAAGAGAAUUAAGCUCGGUGCCAUAUGGUCAGCUUCUAAACUGUCUUCCAAGAUGAAGACUGCAAACUGAAUGUCUCUGCUAGGUACCUGUAAUGCAUGCUUGGGGAACCUCUGCCCCCAAUGCUGGGCAGGCUGGGAUCCUAAUUUGACUUGCAAGGCCAUUUUCUCACAGCCGUGCCUAUGAUCUCUACUCUCAAUAUCAUAUGAUGUCAGAUGUGGGGGAGAUAAAAGUGUGCUUCAGAUUCAUUUUAAAUUUGGUGCCUUGAGUUGGGCUGUAUUUGGAAGGCUUCUGAACUGAGAAGAUCCAUACUACAAGUAAGGCUUGCAUUGCACACUGAACUUAAAUGCCCACCCAUCGCUGGGAUUGGGGAACUGUCAGGAGCUGGCUGAUGGAUGGGAUCCAGUUGUCCACCCCUGCUAGCAUAAGCUAUUCAUUUUGCAACAGUAAAUCUUGGUUCUAAAGGGAACACUAUUGUUAUAUUUGAGAUCCCACAUACUGUGUGGAAUAUACUCCUAGCCUAGAGACUUUUUCAUUCGAUAAAACUGAUUGAAUUGGGCUCUAGCCCACGAAAGUGUGUGCCUCAAUAAACCAGCUAGUCUUUAAAAUGCUACAAAACUUUUUUUUUUUUGAUGCAACAUUGCUACCCCUUUCAAAUAUAAUCCCAUAGUAUGCAUAGAUCAAAGUAAUGCUCUAUUUAAUUAACUUCCAGGUUUGCUAUACAAUGCUAAUAUUUUUUGUGUAGUUGUCUAAUUCACGAGGCAGUGUGAUCUAUUUUGAGAUAUGAAUCAUAGAUCAUGUUUCUUCAAGUUAUAAGGGACUAUUGUGUAAACAUGUCGUAACAUUAAAUAGGUUAUACAAAUAUAUACUUAGAGUUGACCAAAGGUUUUAGAUGACUCUCAAAGUAGAUAAUAGAAAUCCACUGAAUAGAUGUAAACCAUAAAUUAAAUGAUCUAUGCAUUAAAUAAAAGAUCAGCCAUGAGGACAUUUUGGCCUGAAACAAACAUGCGUAGUACUGUUUAGGUAGUGAUUAUUGUUUGUAGCGGACAGUCUGCUUGUUUUCAAUUUUACUGUUUUCCAAUUGUUGUGCUUAGUAGACUCUGUGUGCUAGCCCUUUAUUCACUGCUUAACAUGUUUGAGUACUAAAUAAAGUACAUUGCAAGAUUUUGGUGAUUUCUGCUACAAUGUGGAAAAAUACGGUGUUUCUGAAUCAUUUGAGUCUCACUUGAAAUUACUUCAUGUCAUGCAGAGCAGUUCCCACAUGACACCUGUGCUUUAGAAUGAAUUGACAUUACCGUGGAACCUCGUGUUACGUACCGUCCUCCUUACGAAUACUUCGGGUUACCAGCUCCACUAACCCAGAAGUAGAUGCUCUCAGUUGCAAACUUUGCCCUGGGAUGCAAGUGGAAGUUGCGCUGCAGCGGUGGGAGGCGCCAUUAGCGAAAGCACGCCUUAUGUUAAGAACAGUUUUGGCUUAAGAACGGACCUCCAGAACGAAUUACGUUUGUAACCGGAGGUACCGCUGUAGAUGUAGCUCCUCUCUAGGAGAACGUACCUGGUGAGAUCACUCUCUUAUUUCCCCCCAAUAAGGAGUAGGGAAAAUAUUUGCCUCAGAGUCAGGUGAUCAGAGCUUGCGACUAAAAUAGUAUUGUGUGACUGGAAUGAAUAUAUUAUCUGGUGGUAGGUACUAGUGUAAUUGAGAUUCAGUUGUAUAGAUUUAUGGGGCAAGUGAUACAGGUAUGAAUUAAUAGCUUUUUGUGAUGGCAAUGGCAUAAUCAGGUGACUGUUUUUAAUCUGAUGCUGAUCUUCACUUUAGAAGUUUUUGAAGGGCUAGCAUGUAAGAGGAAGGGAGAGCUGUCUUAGAGUGGUGGCAUCUUAUUUCUUAAACAAAAUCAACUAUUUCUGUACAAGAUUAUUAGCUAAAGGAAUAUUUAGUGGAAUAGAAAAACCUUGCAAAUAGUGUCUAACUGUAAAUACAACUAUAUAAGCCAGUUGCAUUUUAAUUUUAAAUUUGGAGUUAGAACAAUUUGGAUAAAUCUAAAUUGAAUUAAUUUGCUUCUGCUUAGUUUUACACUGGAAUAUAUUUGUUUCAAUCCAGUGAGGCACAGUUUGCGUUUGAAUAAUGUUGUGGCUUCUUUGUAGAUUUAGCAUCUCUCUAAAUAAUUUGAAUAUUCUCUUAACAUGUUCAUACAGUAUUCAGAGCUUUGGAUGCUCACUUCUGUCAUUUAACUGAAAUUGGAUGUAGAAUUGGCCUCUUGGUCUGCUAACAACUUUGAAAGAGAAUUGUCAUUAAAACUAGUGCAAGACCAUUCCAGGAAGAAUUAGAACAGUGUCUUUCUUCAGAAUCCUGUUUAUGUCUGUGACAAUGCUUGCAAGCCUUUGAUCAGAUUGUCAAUGACAGGAAAAGGUGUGUUUGGUUAGAAUCUCUACAGUUUGUUUCUCUUUUUAGCAUGAAAAGCAGUGGAGAGAAAUGUUCAUUAUCCACGUAAGCAAUUGCAGCCCUGUGAUUUGUCACUUGCCUAUCCCUAGGUGAACACUUGAUUGGGAAAUGGCCCAUGCUGUAGUGAUAAAUAUGUUCAACUUCUAGCCUAGAGUUACAGUAUGUUGUGUCAGUCUUCCUAUCAAAGCAUUAAGAAUUUAUAGUCCUGUAAUGGUAAAAGAUAUGGAGGACAAAAAACAUGGAAUGAAUACUCUGCAAUGAAGGCUGAAUUACUGGUGCUGUGCAUCUAAUGUUAAAGUGUUACCACCUUGCUUAAAGAAUCAUACUAGGUUAGCUUGUGUGUAGCUAUGUCACUAUCUCAGUGGCACUAAGGAAAAUACCAUAAAAGUAAGGCCUGAAUUGCUUUUAGCACUAGAAAAGAUGAAGCUGGAGAGGGGGAAAGGGUUGUGCAUGUAAACAACUGGCAUGAGAGCUUACCAGCCUGUCUUUGAAUAGCUAUGUAUAGGGUUGAUCUAAUCGGUUGGGAACCAGCGUAGAAACAACAAGAGAGCCAGCCUCAGAAAUGCUCAUGGCUGUGUAGCUAUAUUUCAAUGAACUUUUUGUUUUUGUAUGUCUUCAAUGCUCAAGUUUUAUGUGAUGACGCCAGACCCGUUUGUUUAAACCUGCUUCUGACCUAGUGAGGUACAAAGCUUGGGGUGUUUGAUUUCCAGAAUUCCUUUUCUCCUGUAAGGACGCUGAACCUGGAGAUAAGAAAAGAACUCAUGAAUGAUGACUUGCAAAGAGAUUAGCAAUGGACAUGCAAGAAGGGUUCAGCUUCCAUUCUCUGUGUUCCCCUGUGAACCUACGUGGCUGAAUGGGGACAUGAACACUGAUUUCCCCCGUCCAAGUUCAAUACUUGAUCCGCUGUUCAUCACUAGGAGUUAGCUUUCACCCUUAUUAAGAGGCUGCAUUUCGCUUGUUGGAAUAUUUCUGGAUUUAAACUUUUACAGUACUCUCUCCUCUGAUCUCAUAGAAAUAGAUUUAAAUUAGGACAUGAAGAAGUUGCUUCACUGUGUUUUCCAGCCCAAGCAGGAAAUGCAGGCCAACAAAGACAAAUGUUGUCAGGCUUUCAGAGAUAAAGCAUCUAGUGGUGGAAAGACAUGAAAAACAGUUUGCUAAAUGCAGCAGGCCUUUCAUAUGAGUAGCUUAUACUACCCAAAUGCUUUUUUAUUUGCCUACUUUUCCUUUUAGUUUUCUCCAGAAUUUUAUAUAGAUGUUGAAAUCAGCACUGGAAAUGGACUGGAAGGCUAACUGGAGAACGAGGCUUCAGGAAAAGGAUGAAGGAAAUAAGAAACUGCAGCAAAAGGAGAAUCCGAAGAAAACCCUGAAGAUCAGUAAAGGUUGUGGGGUGGGGCAGGAAGGAAGAUGAGUCAAAAGACAAGGUGGCUGAAGGAAGGGGGACAAAGCAGGCUGUGGACUGACAAGGAGGGCAUGAAGAAACAGUGGUGAAGGCACAGAACUGAGGAACCAAGAAGAAAGCUGUCAGAGGCAAAACUAAACUAGGGACUAUGAAUUAUCAGCAGUAUGGAAAUAGACAGGUGAGGGAGGGGGCAUAUGCGGCCCAUGAAACCAAGGGCUAUAGGGUUGUAGACCCUGAAAGUGGUGGUUUGGCAGUCAUGGUUUCACCUUUGUCUACAACAUUCUGACCCUAGUAAUGGGGGGGAAAGAAUGAGAGCUAGAAAUUAGUGGGCAUCAGGUGGGUGCUGAAUUUUACUUAGUCAUUAGCACAUACUACAAAGGCUUUUAGUAUUGUGCAUUUUACAGUGGUACCUCGGGUUACAUACGCUUCAGGUUACAGACGCUGCUAACCCAGAAAUAGUGCUUCAGGUUAAGAACUUUGCUUCAGGAUGAGAACAGAAAUUGUGCUCCGGCGGCGCAGCGGCAGCAGGAGGCCCCAUUAGCUAAAGUGGUGCUUCAGGUUAAGAACAGUUUCAGGUUAAGUACGGACCUCCGGAACGAAUUAAGUACUUAACCCGAGGUACCACUGUAAUUGUGAAUGUUUUGGUAAGUUGUGGAGGAAAACACUAUAAGUGUUGAUUUGUGAUCAGUGAGCUGUCUGGCUGUGUUACUGAGACAUUGCUGGAUAUUGAGGGAGGUAUGAACCUCUCCCAGAUGCCCAAGCUAUUGGAUGUAGCACCAAGCAUAAUUUGAGGGGCAGGAUGUAUGGCUUUGGACUCUGGACAGCAUCUGCCUCAUCAGAUGCCCUAUUCAGCAGUUGGCCAGUUCUGUACCUAUUGUUUUUCUGCCCACAUCACCCUAUUUGAACUGAUACAGGUGGUCUUGAGGGUGUUAUUGAAGACUCCAAGGCAAUGGGGUUGAGGACUUUAAUGUCCAUGCUUAGGCUACUUUGUCAGGAGGACCUUGGAAUUUCAUGGCUUGUGCAGUGGAUAAGCUUCUUAGAUAAUUGAAUCCCAACAUGUAUAGUCUGGAUCCUUGACAAUUGUGGCUAUUGAAAUCAGCAAUAGAACUGGGCUGGAGAUGAAGGUAGUGAACAUUGCACAGAAAAAAGGGUGUGGUUCCUAUCGUUCUGGAGGUAGUGGUUAAAUUCAUUUAAUACAGUAAAUCCUUAUUGAAUCCACAAACCUUGAACUAGCCUCCGAUCGCUAAUAUUUCAUUAUUAGUCACGGUAUUAGAACAUAUGAUAGCUUCCCAACUUGACAUGCUGAUGCUGAUUAUUUGGAUCUGUUUCAAUCAGUCUUCAUACCUUAGUUUGGGUAAGAACAGUCUCUGUCUCAUGUGGACAGCUUACAUUAGGGAGUAGAUUGGGUGGGGCAGAGGGGAUGUGACCCUGUUGGUUCUUCAGUGGCUUUCAGUACCAUUGACCAUGGCAUUCUUCUGGCCAGUUUAGCUGAUUGAUUGGUAAAACAUUUGUCAGUGUUUUUUUGAAGCACUGUUAAAACAAAGCAAUACUUUAAUCCAGUCUUCCCCAACUUAGUGUCCUCCAGAUAUUUGGAUGGCACUAAGUUGGGGAAGACUGGAUUAAAGUAUUACUUUGUUUUAACAGUGCUUCAAAAAAACACUGACAAUGUUUUACCAAUCAAUCAGCUAAAUCUUUGUUGACUAGUCAAAUGCCCAACCCCAGUGCCAGAUCACAUAAUGAAAUUAGUAGUCAUACCCUUUUCCAUUUUUACUUGCAAGCUUUAAUCCCUCAUUGGACAGCACAGAGUAACUAGCAAAGAGUCAUAUAACCUUGUUCGAAUGUCAUUCUGGUAUAGGGGUUUUUUCACUCAUGAUUUUCUCCUGUUUGGCUUCCCACUCUUGGCGAAGUUCUUCUUGUAGGUGAAGAACCUCACCGUUGGUUUUCUUCCUCCUGUCACCGUCAGGCAGGAAGUUGGUGUCCACAUCUGAGUUUCCCCCGGUUUCUUCUUGGGGGGCCAGGUCCUCCCACUCCAGCUCUUCUUCCUCUUCCUCCUCAUUCAGGGUGAAGGACAAAGUAGAACAGAAUUCAGAAUAAUGUGGCUCUAAAACUGCACCAAUCCUAGCAUACUAUAGUUGUUCUGGUUUACUGACAAGUAGUGGGCAAGGAUAGUCUGGUCUGUAUCUCUGGUGGUGGGAAGAGCAUAACUGCAGGGCAGCUCAGCUUUUUUACAGGCUCUUUCCCCUGUCUUUUGAGGGGGUGACCUCUGACUUGCUGAACAAUGGGGUCCAGAGCCAGUUGCUCAGGUCUCUCAGGUAGGCAUCUUAAGUACUCUUUGCAUUUGAAGAGGAUGGAACAGCGUGACUUGGAGAACUGGUGGUACUAGGAGACCAAGGUCGGGUGUGACAAGUAACACAUGUUGCAUUGGGCAACUUAAUUGUGCAGUUAAGUUGCAAGGGAUCUUUUCUUAGAAGCCUUUUUGGAUAUUCAGCUCUCCCAUUUGUGAAUAUUUCUGACUGCCUCGCCUGCAGAAGGGCACAUUGGUUUAUAGUGCAUAGAUAGUUACUGCUGUUGCCUGUUUGCAAACUGAAACUGGAUUCUAUGACUAAUUUGCCAGAUGUCUGACUCAGAUGGAAAUAGGCUAGGCUUCUGUAAAUGAAUACAAUAUUUAAGGAGAAAAUACUGAUUUUGCUUUGGAUGUGUCAUCAAGUUCUAGGUUAAGUAUUUCCUUUCUCACAGUUCAUCAUAAACCAGCACUUGUCUAACUGUACUAAAAUGUUUGCUUAAACUUUCUUCAGUUGAUCACAAGACUAUGGGGAGAACCACAUGCUAUCUAAAUACAGCCCCUCUGAAAAUGGAAUACUUGCUGUUUAUGAAUCAGUGUAUUUAACAGUGAGCAUCUGUAGAUUACUCAGAUCUUUCAGUUGGAAAAAAAGACCAGGCUUUGUAGCUGAGUUUGGCCCUGGAUAAUGCUGAUGAAUUCAACAAGAGAGCAGAUGUUCCAUGAGCAUUCAGAGACACUGGCUGAAGGCCAGCAAAAUGACAGAAGGCCUUUUUUAACUUUGUACACCAGUGAUGUUGUUAAGCUUCUUUGCCAUCUUAGUGUACAGAAAUCCAUACAAUGUUCAGUUACAGGGUAGGGUUGGAGGAUCUCUAUUUGUAACCCUGUGGAAACAUCCAAGCUCAAAUAUCAGUGGUCACAAGUCUGUUAGAUUUAGAGAGUUAACACUUGGUUACUGAUAGCUUCUGACUGUAUAAGGAAACGAAUGGCAUGCAUGUGUGUUUGAAAUUGCUUGUGAUUUUCUCAUAUUUUUAUACUUUUCAUCUUGACAUGUUCUGUGAUGGUUUUAAAUGGGAUAUUCUAGUGCUCUAUGCCCAAUUUGAGUGUAGCCUCUCCUUCAUAUAUUUUGGGCAUCAUAUGCCGGUAUUAACACCUUAAAUUGGGCUCAAAAGCAAAUUCACAACCAAUGCAGAUUUCUGGACUAGUGUAAUACAUGUCUGGUCAGAGCUGGCCGUUAGCAGCUUCGUUGUGCAUUCUGCACAAGCUGCAGCAUCCAAAUACUCUUCAUGAGCAGCCCUACGUAGAGUGCAUUACAAUAGUUAAGUCUGACAUUCAAUAAAAUACACAGUGGAUUUGCACAAAAACCUGGAAGAGCAAGUCCUUUGGCAUUCUCCUGAAAUUUUGAUGCAUCUCUAGGUGAAAGAAAAGGGGGAAACAAAGAUACACUGUGGAGCGGGAGUUGUAAAUGGGGCUUACAGAAACGAAACAAGGAAAGAUAUUUGCUGUAUCUUGGCGACUUCUUAACAGAAAUGUUUGAGAUUUCAUAUGAGUACGGCAUUCAGCACUUAGGUGCUCUAUUUCAUAGUUUGGGCAAGUGGUCUGGAUUUUAUAGACUUCUAGAAGAAAUGGCUGUCAUCUUAAAUUUCAGGUAAAAUACUAUUUAUUCAUUUGCUUAGGGGAAAGCAAAAUUCACAUUUGGCAUCCCAAAGUACAUAAAAUACAACCUUCAGAACUAGCUUGUCUCAGCCUACAAACAAUAACAUUACUUAUUUGGUGAGUACUGUAAAAGUUUUCCCUUAGUUAGCAAAAGCUUGUCAGACAAUACUAUAGGCUUGCAGGUUUGUCUAAAUUGUUCUGUAUUUUUUGCUGGUAGAACAUGGUUUGCUAUGUGGUUGAAAAAUUCAUCAUUUAAUGCUAUCCUUGGUUAUAAGAAACCUCAGUGCAGUUUCCUCUUUCACCACAGAGUUCUUUUUGACCUCAAGCAAAUUACCGAGUGAUUGAUCUCUUCCUCUUUAAAGGUGCAGAUGAAAUUAUAGCGCAAUCUAUAAUUUAGGAAUCAUUAAAAGCAUAGUCUAGGAAUGAUUAAAAACAUAGCCUUGCACAUAUCUACUAAAAAGUAAGUUCCACAGAGUUCAUUGGGAUUUGUUACCAGGUAAGUGUGUUCAGAAUAACAACAGAAGAGGGUUAACCUCUGUAAAAUGAAGGAAUAGAUAGACAUAGACAUGAAUGGUGAACUGUAAACUUACUCUGAUCCUGAAUGCCACAAUAUAUGUCAUGGAAAUUUCUGGACAGUGGAUCAGUUGUUGUUUAGUCGUGUCUGACUCUUCGUAACCCCAUGGACCAGAGCACGGCAGGCACUCCUGUCUUCCACUGCCUCCCGCAGUUUGGUCAAACUCAUGUUCGUAGCUUUGAGAACACAGUCCAACCAUCUCGUCCUCUGUCAUCCCCUUCUCCUUGUGCCCUCCAUCUUUCCCAGCAUCAGGGUCUUUUCCAGAGAGUCUUCUCUUCUCAUGAGGUGGCCAGAGUAUUGGAGCCUCAGCUUCAGGAUCUGUCCUUCCAGUGAGCACUCAGGGCUGAUUACCUUCAGAAUGGAUAGGUUUGAUCUUCUUGCAGUCCAUGGGACUCUCAAGAGUCUCCUCCAGCACCAUAAUUCAAAAGCAUCAAUUCUUAGGCAAUCAGCCUUCUUUAUGGUCCAGCUGUCACUUCCAUACAUCACUACUGGGGAUCUGGGAAUGAAUUCAUCAUAUGUUACCUGCACAGUGGAUAACCCCUUAGAAUAAGCAAAGAUUUGAGAAAGUGAAAUGCAAGCAAGCAAGCACACUGUAUUUCUCAAUAAAUGAUUCUGAAUGAGUACUGUAACAUCUAUAAUCCUAAAUGUUUUAUUGUGGCAACAGUUUGCUUCCACUGGAUACAUCAGGUAUCCUGGUAAGGUGGCCAGUACACAUUAAUAUAGAUUUAAAGCCUAAUAAAACAGGAUGUGAGAUUACAGCAUGUACCCCUGAUUAAAAUAACUCUCAGAUUGAAAGAUGGUGAAGAACGACGGAAGUUCAUGCAAUUCGUGAAUGGACACUGAGAAGAUUCCAGGAGAUGUGCUGAGUGCUGCCUUGCUGCACCAUACUAGUUGUAUUUAUGAUUUCUUCUCCCUCCCCCCUGCUAAGUGUUAUAUGACGCAAUUGCAAUUAUACAGUGCUGUGCAGAACAACGUAGAAGUAAAGCUGAGUGUCAUCAGUGCAGUGAUGACACUUCAACCUCAUACCUCUGCAUGACUUUCCCCAACAGUUUGGAAGCCAAGAUUUAUUCCACAUAUUCUCUGGGUCAAAGAUGCAUGUGAGCCUCAGGUUUGUCCCAUAUCUACCCUGUAAAGUGAAAACAUGCCCUUGGCUGGAACUUCGUUUUCUAUGAGAUUCUAUGAGUAACCACUGCAUACUUUUCACAUUGGCAAACAGGAGGGCUUCAUGCAACACAAGUCUGGUGGGACAUUUACAUUAGCACGAUUGCUGUGACACAAGAUUUCUCAAGCUAAAUCCCACUUCAUUAGGUGCAAGAAAUGUGAUCCUAAGUCAGGAGACUGGUUACAGGAAAGAUAAAAUUCAUUAGUGAGGCCAAAUCGUCAUGAAAUGUGAGAUAUAUGCAAGAGUCCAUUCACAUUGGCAGUGAUUGAUGGCGAUGAUAACUGUACACAUAAGAUGGAAAAGGAGAGAAAGUGAGAGGGACGACUGUGUGGGAGAAAGGGAACAGAGAAAAGGGAGUGGCUAAAAGAGGGAAAGAGGAUCUUUGAAAAUCUUCCAAUUGAGGAUAAACAUUUAUACAUCUAAUAGAGUGCAUGUUUACACCACAGUAAAUCUUCAUGCUUACAGUUCCUCAAGAUUCUUUUUUCACGUCAGGAGAAUGACACGGUUAUCCUUCCAGAAUUUGUGCACCAGGCCCUGCGGUUGCACUAAAUGCAGAUUUGUUUCUUAUUAUGAAAACCUGAUUUGACCAAAUUAAAAUCUAAAGCCUGAAGAUAUGCUGUGUGCAUUUUGUGAGUACUAGCAGGAUUGUAACCAUAAAGGGGGCUGUGAGAAACAAGAGUGGUAUGUUGAUGCUUUUCUUUUUAUCUUUUAUCUUGAGUUCAGUCUUAUGGACUGGUGCUUUCUGGAGUACUAUUCUUGUGUUCUGCUUUAUUGUGAUGGUGUUUUAAUAAAUUAUCUGGGCAUAUUUGUUUUAUUGCUUUAAACUGCUCUGGGUUCUUUUUGGGGGGAAAUAUGGAAUAAAUGUUUUUAGAUUUAAAAAGAGCAUGCUUGAGCGUUUUCUGAGAUUUGCAGGGAAAAAGUAAACUUUGAAAAAAGAAAAAAUAAGGGAACAAAAAAGCCAAACAUCCAAUGAGAACUGCAAAUACUGGAGUGUGGAGGAUACAGAGUGCAAUGCUCUGCUUGGAGAGAAUGGCUGCAUCAAAUGGUGGAUAAGAGCGCAUAUUUUAAGAAACGUGGGGUACACUGCAGCAUUUUGUUGCAGGGCAUGCUGACUUAUUCUAAUAGCAAUUGUGUUUUCUAGGAAUCACACUGUGCUAGCCCCAGUACUAUAGGGCAGUUGUAAUCUUUCUCGAACCUGCCAUACAUAACAAAGCAUUUCACGACUUAAAGAAUAUUUUGUUUGAAGGAUACUGAGUCAAAUGAUAGCCCCCCCCCCCCCCGAUGAUGAGCCAUCUCUGGCUUGUGCCAGCUAUAUUAACUUUCUGUAUGCAUGGAAAGGUAAUUUGAAAUGUGCGUUUUUCAAAACACUUUCUUAAAAAGAUGUACUAGUUUAUGGUGAACAUGGCGGGAGCUAUAUUCCAACGUUCUCUGUUAUUAGUGACUUUGCACUUCCUUGAAAUUUGGGUUGCUGCUUGCUACAGCCAGUUGUAUUUAUUGAUAUAGAAUCUUAUGUGCAUGUAACUCAUAUGAAUGUCAAUGUAUCAAUCUUCCCCCUUUAAACAGACGAGCAGCAAAUUUGUGCAGGCAAAUUAUGCAGAAGUUCAGAAAUCAUUGUCACACUUGGAGUCAUUUCCCCAUCUUCACCUCCUUGUAAGCAGAAUUUCUAAACAGUUACCUUGCACACCCUGAUCCCAUGUACAUUGGUCCCAAUCCAGGAGUGUUCAGAAUGCUUAAAUUCCCUGGAAUCAAUGUGCUUGCCCUAUGAUAGAUUGUGGCCAUUGAUUUGAUGCAAGUCCCACAGAUCUUGGUGGCAUUUGUUUUCAAGCAAGUGUGUUUAGGAAUGGGGUGCAAUAUACCUGCUUUAUCUAAUUUGCAUUAGAUAGUUGUAUUCAUAUAUUACCUAUGAAAAGCAAUUAACUGUACAAUUCCUUCAUUUUAGGGGGAAUCUGUGAAAUAUUUUCUGGAUAACUUGGAUAAACUUGGAGAACAAGUAAGUGUAACUUCAUUGAUUUUUAAAGUAGUCUGGUAUGUUUUGAAUGUUUUUAUUUAUUUAACAGCUUGUAAUAGUUGAAAGUUAAUUUAUAUUGCAAAUUAAAAGUGAGAAAACAUGCCCACAAACUGCUUAUGUGGUGUUUGUGUUCAGUAGUCACUGGCGUCCUCUACUAAGCUUCCUCCAUUAACUCAGAGUGCUAUGGUUGAUGCUAAUAGUGUUUUUCGUCUGCUCAAAUUGCAUGUUGCCCAGUUCUUGGGCAGCUCUAAAACACAGUAAAGCGAAUAACAGCGUCUUCAGGGCCACAGUUUCUAUCAGGAUUAUAGAAUUGUUUAUAAGCUCCAAAGGCAUACAAAAAAGGUGGAAGCUAACACAGGCCUUGGCUUAGUGUUAUGAGCAAACCAGUGCUCAUGGUUUGUUUUAUCUCUAAACAUUAAUGGGUAAGUAAGGAACAAAGCCUGACUUCUGUUUAUGAUUUGUUUGGAGAGAAACAAACUACCAAUGCAGGUUUGCAUGUUAACACUAAGCCUAGGUUUCAUGGUUGUUUCUCACAUCUGUAGGUUGGAUGGAACGAUGAAGCAGGAGCAAUUUGAGCAGUGUGCUUGAGCACAUUGCUUAUUCACGGCAAGCCAUGGCUUACUGCAGGGGUAGGCAACCUAAGGCCCGGGGGCCGGAUGCGGCCCAGUCGCCUUCUGAAUCCGGCCUGCGGAUAGUCCGGGAAUCAGCUUGUUUUUACAUGAGUAGAAUGUGUCCUUUUAUUUAAAAUGCAUCUCUGGGUUAUUUGUGGGGCAUAGGAAUUCGUUCAUUUUAAUUUUUUUCCAAAAUAUAGUCCGGCCCACCACAUGGUCUGAGCAACAGUGGACCGGUACACGGCUGAAAAAGAUUGCUGACCCCUGACUUACUGCUUACCAUGAUGUGCAAAUUGAGCCAUAAUCACUUUUCAGCUAGACAGUUCUGUUUUAGUUGAGUUUGUUAAUCUUGUGUAGCGGGAGUAAGCCUGUGGAAUUGGGCUUUAGGCCCCAGCAGCAGUGAAGUCGUGACAAGCGUCUUGGGAAGGAGGGAAAGCUCCCGGCAUUUCUCAAUCUAUCUUGCCUUCACAUCAAGCAGCACACGCCUUUCUUCAGCUCCCGUGUUUGUCUUCCACAUUCUUCUGCUUGUUAAGCAGCAUUAUUCUGGGCUUAGGUGUCUGCUUCUGAAAGAUAAAGAUCCUAAACUUGAACUAUAUUAUGCGGAGAAGAAAUAGCAUUGCAAAUCUGCAUAGCCAAAAAGAUUGAAAAGUAGCAAGCUGUGUCCUUUUCUGUCCAUAAAGCUCUUCUGUAUUUCUUUUCUUGAUUAGAACAAAUCAGCUAGGAUAUGUUAGCAUUUUAAUUCUGCUUUGCAAAAAAUGCUCCUGUUAGAAAUCUUCAAGAUGACAAGGUAUAAUUUGAUCAAUCUCCACAGGGAAGAAGUAUAUUUUUUCUCUCAAGUGCAUUGCAGGGGGUUGACGUAGAUGACCCUGAGGGUCCCUUCCAACUUUAAAUUCUAUGAAUUUAAAUUUAUGAGGGGCUUUAUUUAAUGUUCAGACACACUAUUAGUUACUUAAUAAUAUAGCUAACUUUGCAGAAUGUUAGAAAUUAGGUAAGUGCUUUCCUGAAUAAAACACAAUCAUAGAAAAUGGUUCCCUUCUCUUCUCUCCCUGCCCCCAAUAAUUUCUCUUUCUGAAACCAUAUAUUUGUCACUGAAAACUUUUUAAUCAAGUAAAUGAGAUAAACUUAGAAUGGUAUCAUUCUCAUUAUACUUUUGGCACUGUAUCGUACACGCAACUACUGAGUUAUUUUUUUAAAAAAAACAUUUAGAUAACAAAGGAUGAUAAAAUCUUUUCUGUUUCAAACAUUCCAGGGCAGUUCAUUUUAAUGUUCAGUACCAUUCACAGCACCUUAAUUAACUUUGGCUGUUUGUUUGUUUGUUUCUUAGGACUAUCUUCCCUCCCAGCAAGAUAUUCUACUGGCACGAAGACCUACAAAAGGGAUUCAUGAGUAUGAUUUUGAGAUUAAAAAUGUUCCCUUCAAGAUGGUUGAUGUAGGUGGCCAAAGGUCAGAGCGAAAACGUUGGUUUGAAUGCUUUGACAGCGUCACUUCUAUAUUGUUCCUGGUUUCAUCGAGUGAAUUCGACCAGGUACUUAUGGAGGAUCGACUAACAAAUCGCCUUACAGAAUCUCUGAACAUUUUUGAAACUAUAGUCAACAACCGGGUUUUCAGCAAUGUCUCCAUAAUCCUCUUCCUAAACAAGACAGACUUACUUGAGGAAAAAGUGCAAAAAGUGAGCAUCAAAGACUAUUUCCCAGAGUUUGAAGGGGAUCCCCACAACUUAACAGACGUCCAAAAAUUCCUGGUGGAUUGUUUUCGCACGAAACGCCGGGACCAGCAGCAGCAGAAGCCCUUGUACAACCACUUCACCACUGCUAUUAAUACAGAAAAUAUCCGCCUGGUAUUCCGUGAUGUAAAGGAUACCAUCCUUCAUGACAACCUCAAGCAGCUCAUGCUACAGUGAUGCGCAGCAACAACAAAAAACUUUGAUUUGUGUUAAUAGUUUACAGCAGGAGUUGGAAAAAGGUCUUGUCCGACCUCACGAUGUGUGGGGUAAAGCUGCUGCUGUUCCAGUUAAUUGCCAACUUCUCUCAAAAUUCAGGCUUAAAUCUUUUCCGCUAUAUCUCGUGUCUUGAAAGAGUUUUCAUUUCUUAACAGACCUCAACUUUUUUAAAGCUAACUCACAAGUUUUAACCUCUUCCCUCUUUUCAGCCUGACGAAGCCUGUACUCCAAUAACAAGUAACUUGUAGACAUGCAGUUUAAAGAAUUUACUUCGGAAACUUGAUUAAGUUUAAAAAGCAGUUUUGGCAUGUGAAAGGGCUAUAGAAGAGAUUUGUAUAACUCUGGACUGCUCUCCAAGCUUGGCCAACCACCACCGUCAGUUCUUUGUGGCAAAUAGCUCCACCCUGUCAAAUAAUUAAGCUGUCUUUGAAGUUUACAAAUGCAUUUUUGCUUCCAUGCCAAUAUAGGAUGUUCGCCAAAUGGUACCAGAAAGGAGGUCCGCUACCCGGGAAUUUUUUAAUCAAAAAGAAUCAUGCAAAGGGACUUCUGAUCUUAAUUGGUCAUUGUUAGAUCAUGUGGUUUGACAAAAAAAUCUAUGCUUUAAGUUUGGAACUAACUAGCUUAAAUCGCACAGCUGUUUGCAGCUUUAGAUGUCUGACAGUUGCUGUGAAUUAACUGUUUUAAGAAUGUUCCUUGAGGAUUGUUGUUGUUCAGUUAGCUCAUACAUUAUGGUUUGGAUGAUGGAGGAAACCAAGCGAGAGAUUUGUUUCUGUUAAGCAGCAGCAGUGUUUAUAGAUGUCAGGUGCAUCUAUAGUGUUGACAAUACUGAGAAUGCACAUAACUGUAUUAACAUACAGGACUGAAUAUUAUAUUGCUGGCCAAAAAGGCAGAAAGUGAUUAUCAAAAAUUAUAAGGGAACUGAAUGAUAACCUUGAAAUGCCAUAUUGCAAGACAGUGAAAUUUUAAAAGGCCUCCACUUUCCACCUCAGUUGCUGCACACCUCAAUAACUCAGCCUUGUAAGCACCUCAUUCACUGAAAACACAAGAGUUUUGUGGAACUAACUGCCUUUUUUCAUCUCAAUUCUGAGGAGGCUAGUGACAUUUUUGAUUUCUCAGGUGUUGGUUUAAAAGCCCAUAUGCUACUAGUUACUCUGGAUUUCCAAGUUAACUGUAAACAUAACUUUAUGCUAUGCUUUAAAGGGAACAUCUACAAAAGCAAUGGAUACUUAUGCCUGUUCUAACGCUUUACUCUCAUAAAUGUUUUAAUGGUUAACAUGAUCAGAGAUUAGCAGCACAGUUCCCCCUUUUUUUGUUACACAGGCCAAAUUUGAUGCAUUGCUAUUGUAAUUCCGUAAUCUUUGUGGAAGGAAGUCAGUCAGCAAAAUCCAUAGGUUUGAAACCAAUUUAGUUUUGCUGUCUAGAUCCAGGUAACUUGAGAGCUCGUGCCAAUUAAGUGCUUUAAUAGAACAGGCUCAGUGUGGAAUAGUGAGCCUAUUACAGCAUCAGAAAACACUGUUAAUUGAUGCAGAAUCCUUUAACCUAAAGUGCCUCUUAAUUGCUUUUCCUUGCGGUGGCCUUAACACAAAUGCCAAUGUUUCAGAUUGUGGCCUUCUGUGGGGUGGGGUGGGGACUCCAUUGCCAGGUUAAACUUAGCUACAGCACAGAGAUGUUGCAUAUUUGCUAGAAAAUACUAAAAAUAAAAAUGAAACCACCCACUCAGAUAUUCUGAAGUGUAACAGUAUAGGUGUAGGUGUUCUGAGGAUAAUAUUUCUCCCACUCCUGUAUUCUUUCAGGAAUCAAUCAAAAUCGGUAUGCAAAGCGCUUUUUGCUAGUCUUCUAAGUAAUAUAUAGUUAAGGGCAGUAUUUGUUUUUAAAUGUGUUAACAAAUCAUGAUUUAUGUGGAACUACAAGCAAAUAGGAAGAAACAAAAUGGUUUCAUUGGUUCAGUUUUAUAAUAUUGCUAAUGGGUAUAGUUUUUAAAGUGUGUGGUGCACAAAUUUUUCAUUGUACUCCAGAAAAAUGGCUAGAAGUGGGGAGAUUUGGAGUAUUUGGCUUUUUUAACCAAAAGGAGACAUUUGGGGGUGGGGCUGCAAAUUUAAUUAAGGGAACUGGGGAGGAGAGGGGUGGUCCUUUCCCGGCUGGCAGCUUUCCCACUGUCUCACACAUGCACAGCUGCUUUUCCUCCACAGCUUGGUGGUGGGGGUGUCAUUUUGAUAGGAAAAUCAGCUAGAGGGAAAAGAGUGAAGCAGCUCCUGGCUAUUCAUCCGCUUAACCUUUCAUGGCAACUUCAAAAAAAGUCAUGGGAAAGAUACAUACAACUGUGUGUCAUGUUGGUAGAACCUUACAUUUUCAGAUGUAACUUUCAAAUACAGGGCUGGUUUGCAAGAACACUUUUUCUCAAGUGUCGCUUAACAAAAUGCUUCCAAAAUGCUUCUGCAAAUUCUGGGAUUUGUAUUUAAGUAAAAUUAGAGGUUUAUUUUCAUUCUAACCUCCGUGGAAUAAACAUGGAGUGAUCUUGCAUAUAAUAUUUUAGACUGUAACAAAAUUCAGCGUUUUAAAGUCUGAAAUAAAACAUUUAAUGUCAAAAUUCUUUUAAAAAUUAAGUAGAAAAAUUAAGGCAACUGUUCUUUUUAAACAACAAAAAACCAGUCUUACCUUUAGCCUCAUGCCUUAUUUUGGAGUAGCACUGUAUAAACAGCCACUUUUCAAAGCUUAAAGAACCCUCUUUUAUCACUGAAGUGCAAGAUGAGACUACUGCUGCCCCACUCUCAGGCUUCUUGAAAAGUUCACUGCAGUGUGGGAGAGCAGUUUGAAGAACCCAAAAACUAGAGGGAGACUUUGAAAACAGCCUUUGAAGACAAGGUGAUGGUUGCACACUCUCAAGAUACUUUUCACUUAAACCAAAUGUGAUUUUCUUGUAAGAUUAUUUGGAAACUUAUCUUAAGAAGAAGCCUAGGUUGAAUCCAGACUUGGUCAUAGUUGGAAAAUUAUGGGACUCUUCCCAUAAUGAUUUCAGUGGAUCUGUUCUAAGCAUGACUAAGUCCACAUCCAAUUCAUUGGCAGCAAAUUCUUGCUUGAGCCCCUGAUUAGAUUUUCUUUGUGCUAGAGUCAACUGCACAAAGACCAAUUUUUUUAAUAGGCCUUUUUCUGGUACCACAACAAAGACAUCCCUAAGACCAGACUUGUAAAGAUGACACAGCAUUGUAAUACUGCCAUUUGCAGAUUUAUCUUGUACUUGAAAGCAAAUUGCCACUUACUUAAAACUGCUUUCUCAUUCUUCAAGAACAUUGAGAGCUUACAUUCUAGAAACCUUUUCUCUAAAAAUAUAUUUGGUAACAACCUCACAUAAUAUUUAUCUAAUGAAACCAGGAUUUGUAUUAGCUUUGUAUAAAUGUGGGGUGUUAUGUGGCUUUACAUUUUUUUUUAUAUUUGUAACUUUUGUAACUUUCCAGGGACUAAGAGAAUCUGCUACUUUGUAAAAAAAAAAAUCCCUCUUGCCUUAGUUCAGCAUCAGCAAUAAAUUAUUUCUAAAGAAGGUCUUAAAGGCAUAAUUUUAAAAUGGUUCGGUUACUAAUAGACAAAAGCCUCUUUGAGAUUUACGUUGCUCUCUGUACAUACAUUGCAGGUGUUCCAACUAUUAAUAUUUGCCUUAUGUAAAUUACUGACGGUAAAUAAACAAUAUACAUCCUCACUGUGCAUAUGGAGUUUGUAUCUUUGUGUAUAUUAGAUUGAGGUUUUAUAACUUGCUGGCAAUGCAGCCAGAUUUUGACAACUGCCUGUCUUUGAAACAUUUAAAAUUCUAACGUAUGUGGAACUUAAUUGUAUUUUGUGGGUUUGUGUUGUCUUCUCUAGCUGCAAAGUAAGCAAUUCUGUGCAUUCUUGCCAUUGGAAAAAUAAGUGCCAUUUUAGAGUUUUGACACACCCAAGUGUCCAAAAGUUAAGCGAAAAGUUUACUAAACAUUGAAUCUCAUCCCAUGUUGAAAUACAGAAUUUUGGUGUAAUUUGGAAUUUCUUUGGAAGAGGAGGAAAAUAGUGGGAAGGGUAGAAGCAUAGAGAGUAAAGUGAGGGCUUGCCAAGGCUGGAAUGUUGAAAAGAAUUCUGAUUGUAUUAGUCCUAAGUUUUAUAUUCUGCAGUCCAAGGCAUUUUGUAGGCAUGACUACUAACUCCAUUAUUUCACUUUUCACAUUAUGUCACUAGCAGUACAGUCCUAACCUUGAUAACUUGCAAGUAAUUCCUAUUUAAGUUUUAUUCUACAUAGGAUUGCAGCAUGUAGUAGUUAUUCUCAGACAUGUGCUGGUGUCACGUUGCCCAAAACAAACAAGUAUUUAGAAGCAGAGCUUGAUCCUUGCCUAUAAAAGGAAAACUUUCAGAUGGCAGUCGGCACAAUAGUAUUAGCAUGUUGACUUAGCAGAGUAAUAGAGCUACUUAGAAACCAAUAGGUCAGUGUUAGGAAAGAGCUUUAUGGUCUCUAUUUACGGGAUACAUCCAUGUGACUUGAUUUGAAGUUCAUUCUUUUCCCCAAGAAGCCCUCUACGUGUUGAGUGAAAUUUCUCAAGCCUUCCUUCCUCUGAAAGUAGUUUUAAGGUUGCACAAUGAGCAGAAAAAAGUGGAAGAGCACUCCUUUUGUGACGUUUUGUUAAACACUCACUGAGUGGCCUCAUUGUAGUAGUGCAUUCCUAAUUCCAGUCAGGAUUAUCAGAGCUGAAAUGAAGUUUCAACGUGUGUGUGUGUGCUUGUUUUAAUUCAUACCUCUUCUAUACACAGUCCAAGAUGUCAUUUGUUGUUGUUUAGUCGUUUAGUCGUGUCUGACUCUUCGUGACCCCAUGGACCAGAGCACGCCAGGCACUCCUGUCUCCCACUGCUUCCCGCAGUUUGGUCAAAAUCAUGCUGGUAGCUUCGAGAACACUAUCCAACCAUCUUGCCCUCCAUCGCCCCCUUCUCCUUGUGCCCUCCAUCUUUCCCAACAUCAGGGUCUUUUCCAGGGAGUCUUCUCUUCUCAUGAGGUGGCCAAAGUAUUGGAGUCUCAGCUUCAGGCCUGUUGUCUUUGUCCAUGGAGUUUUCUUGGCAGGGAUGCUGGAGUGGCUUGCCGGUUCCUGCUCCAGGUGGAUCACGUUUGGUCAAAACUCUCCACUAUGACCUGUCCAUCUUGGGUGCCCUGCAUGGCAUAGUUCAUAGCUUCUCUGAGUUAUUCAAGCCCCUUCGCCACGGCAACUCAGUGAUCCAUGAAGGGGUAGAUGACAUUUAAACAUUCGUAAAUCUAGAAAAUAAAUGAUCCGUGUACUGUUUUGGACAUGCAAUAGUGUGGAAUUAACACAACCAGCCAAAUCAUUCCGAAUUCAAAUAUGGGUGGCAGAGGCAAAAGGAAGGAAAGAAGUGUCCAUUUUUCCUUGUGUGCAGUCGCAAGAAAAGUCCGCUGGAUCAGGCCAGUGGCCCAUCUGGUCCAGCAUCUUGUUCUCACAAUGGCCAACCAGAUGUCUAUGGGAAACCUGCAAGCAGGAACUGAGUGCAAGAGCACUCUCCCUGCCUGUAGUUUCCAGCAACUGGUAUUUAGAAGAAUACAGCCUCCAACCACAGGAGUCCUUUUUACCCAGACAUAACCUCAUUAGGAAUUGCAGAAGAGCACUUUAGUUUUCCAGCUACCCUAGGCUAAAGCAAUUGAGACAUUUUGGCUGCAUCCAAUGAGUGUGCCUCCACUGAUAUUAAGGCUCUUUGAUGCAGCAGCGCCUUGUCAGUGGAAUAGGUAACUGGAGCACAGGGACAGAUUUGGAAGCCUUUUAGCUAUUCGUCCAAACGCAGCUCCAACCUAGUUAAGAGGCAGAAGGAACACCAGUAAAUAUAAACUUUAUAAAACUAGUAAGGGUCUUAGGUGGUGAUUUUCAGAUUGGGUUGCUUGCUUUUCUAUCUAUAUGCCAGUAUCAAGCACGUCUGCUCACUUUUUAAACUUUAAAAAUAAGGUUUGAUAUUUAAUUUUGAUUCUCCCCUCUACUAAAAAAAGAACAUUAUUACCCCUAUUUUCUGUUUCCUUGUUCCCUGAACACAUUCUACUUCACUAUUUCCUCUGAUGUAUGCAUUCAAGACUUUGUUGGUACAGUUCAUUCUUUUAUCUCCAGGAAUUCCAGAAAGUAAAUGUAUCUAAAAUGUGCAAAAGCACAUUUCUUCAUUUUAUGUAUUUACUUUAAAGUGAAAUGUUACUGUGAUAAAAUCUUCCCCUCUCUG